AUGACAGGGGACGUGGCCAUGGUCCCAACCCUCUCCGGCAAGGAAUUCCCCGGGGACGACUACGCAUGCGCGAUACUCACCGGCGAUGACCUCGACGUGCCGCUCUGCUCGCCGAGUUUCUUCCGCCUACUCAUUGUCUACGGUCGCCGAGGCUUCACAGCGCUACGGUCCUUCUCCUCGGACACCGGCAGCUGGGGUCCCGAAUGCAAGAAGCCCGGUGCCAAGAUCAGCGGCCACGUGCUCCGUCAGCUAGGCCCGGCCGUCGUGCUCCACGGCGUGGCCUACUGGCCCAUGAAUCGUGCCGCGUUCGGCGUGCGGCUCGGCAGCACGGCGGCAGCGGCGGCGGCGAUCAUGGACGUGUGCUCGGUGCCAUACAGAUACAGGUUAACGAACUGGAAGCCGGACGAGUACGUGCUGGGCGUGUCGACGGAUGGGAGAUUGAAUUUUGUGGACAUAGGGAUUAUCGGAGGCCGAGGGGUGCCCAUAAUUCGCUUCUCAACCUCACUGUGCUUGAGGACGCCGUCGGCUACAAGAGCACCACCACCUCCGUUGAUCGAAGUGACGAGGACAUCUCCAUCGACUUACCCCGGAUCAAAGCGACGAGGACAACCCCCAUGA